UUUGCCGAUGUGUUUUUAAUUUUAAUUAAAAUGGCUAAUACGAUUAAGGCCAUGCCAAUUGCGGAUACAACUCUUGAAAGACUUGAAUUUCGAAAAAAAUGUAUUUCUUUUUACAACAAAAGAUGGGCUGAAUUCGAUACUGACUUUUAUCUAUUAGCUUAUUUUCUUCACCCCAAAUAUCAUGGUAAAGGUUUAGUUUCUGAAGCAUUUCAAAAAAUUUAUCAAAGAGCUUUAACUAUUUGGAAGUCACUCGAUGGGGGAGAUAGUAGUGCGCGAGAAUUAAUUGCACAAAUUCAUAAUUAUGAUUUUCGAUUGCCCCCAUAUAAUUCUUUUUUUCAAGAUCAUCUUGAACUUCCAGAAAUCUGGUGGUCUGCAUGUAAAAUGCCACAUCAUCAUCUUCAAAAACUUGCUUUAUUACUUCUUGCAAUUACUCCUCACAAUGUGGGAUGUAAGUGUGUAUUCUCUGUUUUAAAUUGGUUUACUCAAAAACAUCGAAAUAG